GGGGAGCGCAGCGCCGCACUUGUACCUGCACCUGCUGCAUCCGCCACCACAGCUUGGAUCUCCAUUCAUCUUCUCCCCCAUCGCCUCGCAGGCCUCGUCGAGGACGAAAGAUCCUUUUGUCACGUCUCUCCUUAUAUUCUCUUCGUCUUCCGCCGCUGUCUGUUGAUCUGCUGAUCGUCGACCGCGGGCCUCGUUAUCUGACCGCCCGCUGCCCAAUCCACCAAGAUAAACAUCCGAGAUUCCGAGUUACUUCAUCCCCUCAUCAUCAUCACCAUCCCCAUCACCAUCACUUUCCCUUCGCCGCCGCUCGUCCCACUUCUCCGACUCGACGACGUGCAACUUAAACAAUGGCGAGCUUCAUGUCCAACUUCUUCCCUGGCGGGAAGGACAAGAGCGCUGCUGAGGCGAUUCCCAUCCCCCGCCCUGGGACGCCCACCAAGGCUGACAACUUCGUCAACCCCACCAGCACUCCCCAGGGAAGCCCCAGCAAGAAGACAAUCCCCCCUGGGGCCCACGACCUUCCCAACGCCUUUGACCAGGCCAUGUCUCUCAACACCCCCAGCAUCGAGGCCCCCGUCAAGCUGGGCCGUCCCCACAGCCUCGUCGCCCCGCUCUCCCCUGGCAAGAGCAACGCCCAGCCCCUGGAUGAAUCAAGCGUCAAUGUCGACGAUAGCGUCAUUCACAAGACCAAGUCCAGCAGCCCUUUGAAGAAGCAGGGCCAGGAGAACACCCCACCCGCAGGCCGUAUGCCUGCCCCAGAGUCACCUCAUCAACAUAGCCAUGCUGCCCUCUCCCGCCAACAGCUCUAUGAGCACAAAGAUCGACCAACGACUCCCGCCGCCAAGAGGUUUAACACUUCUCGAGGCCUGACCGCCGAGGAGCGCGAGAUCCUCCAGAAACCUAACGUUCGCCGCAUGGUCAACGUUACACAGCUCUACUUCCUGGAUUACUACUUCGAUCUUCUCACAUACGUUGGCUCCCGACAGAAUCGACUAGCCGCCUUCAAGUCCGAGUACCCUGACCCCCCCGAGACCGAUGAGCAGACUCACAACCAAAUGUGGUCCAAGUACACUGGCCGAGAGCGCGCCAACCUUCGGAAGCGACGAGUCCGGCUCCGCCAGGGCGACUUCCAGAUCUUGACCCAGGUCGGACAAGGUGGCUACGGCCAGGUCUUUCUCGCUCAGAAGAAGGACACACGUGAAGUAUGUGCACUCAAGGUCAUGAGCAAGAAGCUGCUCUUCAAACUGGACGAGGUUCGACACGUCCUGACCGAGCGAGACAUUCUUACGACCGCCCAGAGCGAGUGGCUUGUUCGGUUGCUCUACUCUUUCCAGGAUGAGAAGAGCAUUUAUCUUGCGAUGGAGUAUGUGCCAGGUGGUGACUUCCGCACCCUGCUUAACAAUACCGGUGUGCUGUCCAACCGCCAUGCUCGUUUCUACAUCGCCGAAAUGUUCUGUGCAGUCGAUGCUCUGCACCAGUUGGGUUACAUCCACCGCGAUCUCAAGCCUGAAAAUUUCCUCGUCGAUUCUACAGGUCACGUCAAGCUAACGGAUUUUGGUCUGGCUGCUGGUAUGCUGGCUCCCUCAAGAAUCGAAUCCAUGCGCGUCAAAUUGGAGAAGGCCUCCGAGACGGCUGUCCCAUUCGGCAAGCCUAUCGAUCAGCGAACUGUCGCUGAGCGACGAGAGAGUUACCGAACUAUGCGUGACCAGGACGUCAACUAUGCGAAGUCGAUUGUGGGCUCUCCUGACUACAUGGCCCCCGAGGUCCUUAGAGGGGAGGAAUACGACUUUACUGUUGAUUACUGGAGCUUGGGAUGCAUGUUGUUCGAGGCUCUCACCGGCUUCCCUCCAUUUGCGGGCGCCACCCCCGAUGAGACAUGGCGCAAUCUGAAGCACUGGAAGGAGGUGUUGAAGAGACCCGUAUGGGAAGAUCCCAACUACUUCCUGAGCAAUCGAACCUGGAACUUCAUCUGCACAUGCAUCAACUCCAAAACGCGACGAUUCUCCAACAUUAAGGAUAUCUAUGACCAUCACUACUUCGCCGAAGUCGAUUGGGAGACUCUUCGCCAGACCCGAGCGCCCUUUGUCCCCGAGCUGGACUCAGAGACGGACGCUGGGUACUUUGACGAUUUCAGCAACGAAGCUGACAUGGCCAAGUACAAGGAGGUCCACGACAAGCAGCAGGCCCUCGAGACUAUGGCCGACCGUGAUGACCCGAUGAGCAAGAGUCUCUUCGUUGGUUUCACCUUCCGGCAUCGCAAGCCAGCCACCGAGGAUGGCGGCAGCCCACGGAAGCGCAUCCCCACAGAUGACACGUUUGGGACAAUGCUCUAGAGCGAGCAGUCAAGUCCCAGGAAACUGGACUGGCGGGGAUUUGUGAGCCGCGGAAGGGCUCUAUUCUAACUACGAGAAGAUGAUGAAUGGGGUGUAUUGCGGGAUGGAUGAUGACGAUGGAUGGCAUGCAGGUUGACCGGCCCUUUCUUUUCUUUUUCCCCCACUAUUUGUUUCACGGCGUUUCUGUAUCAUCAUCAUGUGACGUUUUCCCGCCGCAUGUCUCAUCACCACUUUUGCUUUGUUUUAGCUGGACGAAUGGAGUUCAACGGGACCGGGAAUGGUUGGGUCCCGGAGGGAAGGGAGUCUGCGCGUGCAUGAGUUGACGCGGCCAGGCUUCGGGUAUAAUGGCCAAAGAGGAUAUGUAUUUGGGCUGUCCGAAUCCGCUGUUCGAGGGGUAAACAAAAGAGAUAGGUAGAAAUACUAUCAUGAUAAGGUUUUCCG